UUUCACGUUUUUAUCGAUUCAUGUGUUUUGUAUUCCUUGUCCUGGAGUUCUGUUUGGUCGUCUUGCGUGCUCCUGGCAAGAGAGUGGUUUGAGCAGAGCCGAGUUGUCAUUGCUGGCGACGAAAGUCUGCAAUGGCCGCUAACGCUAGUCGGCAGCAAUAGCGCUAGUGGUGUGUCAGUUGCUUGAAACAUAAAAUUUGAGCUUUCUUUCUUCAUUCAUAACACAACUCUGCCCAAUCCGGCACUGCUGCUCACCAUGGAGCAGAGUCUGCAAGCCAUGGUGAAGGAGAUGGCGUCCGGACCUGCCGACCGGGAGAAGGACAUACGAGAGGCGUGCGAGAAAGCGCUGAUACUGUUUGGUCAAGCGUCACUUACCAAUUUAGUGCAGGAGAUGAAGCAGUCUUGGGGUGGCUUUGUCCAGCCUUUUCAGCUUGGCCUGCGAAGCCGUUCAGCACGGGUUGUCAUUCAUUCCCUGCAGGGAUUUCAGGCAGCUGCCUACUCUCUGUUGCAAAGCGAGAUGGAUGGUACGUCUCGUGAGCACCUGAUUGGUAUUGUGGACAACAUCCUUGGUCGGUGUGCAUGGUCGAGCAGCGAUGUGCAGCUUGAGAGGGUCAAGGUUGUUCUAGCUCUUGUGUGCGCCAAUCCUUCUUUUGUCCACGGAGACCAACUGGAGAGAGUCUUUGAGAUGUUCAUUGAGAUCCAGUCAUCCGUGAGAGAUACGGCAACUAAAACGGCUGCACUGGCUGCUUCACAGCAAAUCAUUCACUUGCUUGGUCAGCAGGUGCAGGAGUAUUGCAAGGUUUGCUCUGAUUCCGAAGACGGAGAUUCCAGCUGGAAAGGACCGGGAGUGGUUGGCGACUAUCUUCUGAUGCUGAAAUCGUGGACACUAUCACUUCAGGAAUUCCAAAGUGUUACAAGUCAUGAUAUGCCGGGAUUUGUAUGUCAGAUUGGAUUCCUGGAGGCUCUGUUGGCCUGCACCACACCGGAGCUGGUCAAGCUGAGGAUCGACGUGUCAUCUGUGCUGAGGGAUCAGCUUGUCCCGUCUAUUGCGGCAGCGUUCGCUCACUACAUCGAGAUCACACCGUUCCGGCUGAACCCACUGGCGGCAUCGUCGGCGCGCAUCACACGUCGCCUCCUGACAUACCUGUGCAGCAUCACAUCACGGCUGGUCCGUCUGAUGGGCUCUGUUCUGUUCCUGCGCCCCGCUCUGACUGCUCUGCUACGCUCUGUAGUGUUAGCGCCGACACCGGAGAAGCGAGCCAUCGCACUCCAACAGUGCCUGCAUAAGGUUUUCUCAUCGCUGGACUCUCUUCUGGCACUGGCUGGUCCCACGGAGUCAGGUUCAUCCACCAUGGAGUCGGUAGUGUUUGGCGAUGGGCAGCUGGAGCUACUGAACCAGCUGCUAACAGGCGUGACCGAGUGCGUCUGCUGUAGUGACUCAACCACACGGAAAACUGCAGUUGACUGUAUUGUAGCAUUUGUGGCAUCCCUGGAGGAGCUUCAUGUGGGAAAGGAGAGUAUCUCCCCUACCAUUGUCCGCAGUUUGCAGCUGUUUGCCAAGGAGAUGCCGCAUGCAAACAAGGCUCCUAUUCAGCUGUCCUUAGCUGUGUUGCUGGGCGCCGAUGGACCUCUGCCUGAUGCAACACCUGAAGGCAUUGUCCCCAGUUCUCACGAAGGCCAUCCACCUGCGGUAGAGAAUGGCGAUAGCAGUGCAACAGAAGCAGCCAAGCCAGAGUUACCGCAGCCAGUACAAGGGGAUGAAGAAAUGGCCAACGGGCAUUCUUCUUCUGCUGCUGCUGCAGCUGAUGAGCAUGUAGAGUCCGGCGAUACAGAAGAUGGUGAAAACGAGGCGGCGGACUGUCAAACAAGCCGGUUAAACCAUGCCUACGCGUUGUCCGACGCUGGUGAGGAUGUUAGGCCGGCUGCCCAGGACAGCGUUCCUGCUCCGAUCAGCCGCAGUGCUGGGCCUUGUGUCGCGCCGAACAAUAGCAUUCUUUUUGUGAAAAUGCUCUCAGCCUCACUUCCCGCCCUGCUAAAGCUGAGCAACGGCGAAAUGGUAGAUGACAAGCUGCAGCAGAUGGCGUCGCUAUUCUGCUCACUGAGUACGGCCAAUGCAGUUAUUCCCGACCCGGUCCAGUCUGUCCAGCUUGUUCUGCCUGCAGACAUCAGCGAGUCUGACUCCAGCGGCGGUCCAUCAGUGCUGACGGCUGACAGUGUGUAUAUUGCCUGCUAUGGUGCGCUGGCCAUGAACCUGUGCCUGAGCAAGGAAGGGUUUUACUCCCAGCCACGUGACCUCCGUGAAACCUCCCUAAGCCUGGAUAAGUUCAUGCUGCCACUAUCAAACACUGGCAUUAUCCUGAGCUUGUCACCACACUGGAUACGUAAUCUGUACAACCUGCUGCUGGAGAACGACCUCCUGGCCAAGGCUGGCUUCAAUGGUGACGAGAGGCUGACAGCGUCGCCAGGUCUUGACAGUCUAAGCACAGCACGGGGUGAUGGCAGCGGCGAUGGCCCGGCUCUAAUCGACAUUCUCAUCUGGACUUUCCCGUUCCUAUCGCAGUACACCAAGCCAGUAGCGGAUAGCCUGCCCGAGAGGCUUGGCGGCGGCGGCGUUCCAAUGGAUGGUAUUCUAAGCAAGGGCUUGAUCGGUUCUAUUAGUGUACCGGCGGCGAGCGACAGUGAGGAAGCCAGUGUCAUGGAUGGUGCCCGUGCACCACUUCUGCAGUUCAGCGAGGCAAAGGCACCAGUCAGUAGUCUUGUGGACUCGAGCGUUCUUGUUUUUGUCUGCAAAGAUCUGCUACAGGCGGCAUGGAGAAGCACGCUGAUGACCCUGCAGCAACCACUACAAGCUCAUUCAGCCUCUGCAGCAACCCACCAGCCAAUGAACUCACCCGAGAAGUCAACACAUUCCAUCCCAGUAACCAAUCGCACACUCGUUGGAUUUCCGCUUCAUCUGAUUAGCCCGCACGGUGGUGGCGGUGGUGGUGAUAAGACCGGCUCUGACGCAGCAAUGAUUGUGUCCUGCCUGAACGGACUCCGGCUCGUGGCACGUCUUAGCUGCCAGCUGGCCAUGGAUCGUCAGUGUGCCGAGGUGCUGGCUAUUCUGUCAGACGCUGCCAUCGUAAACACACAGAGAAAUACACCCAGUCAGAAGAAGUCGGACACAGGGAAGACUGCUUCUGAAGUAAGCAGUCGAGGCAACCCAGAGGAUAGCGGUGGCAUCAAGAAGCGGCCAUCAGUCUUAGCCGCACUUCAGGCAAAACGGGCAGGCAGCGGCAGUGGUGGUAGUGAGCGAAGCUCCAAAACUAGCAGCACAUCUACAAACCGGGCACAGUCGCCAUCUAGUUCUAAGCCCCUACCGACAAUACAGCUGAGCCACGCGUUGUGCUUGGAGGCACUCUUCCAGCUAGGUGUUCAAUCCGCAGUUGCCUCGCCACAGUGCUGGGAACCUGUUCUCAGGAGCUGCGCUUAUAUAUCUGACUUGGAAGCAUCUCUGUUCACGAUACUGAGUCCAUCAGAUGUCAAUCAACAACUCCGUUCUGCACAGCAGAAUGAAAGCGGCAAGUCGAAUUCCUUGGCCAAUAUCUUGCGCCGUGAUACUGGUAGCAGCAGUAGCAGCAAUGACAAUGGUCCAACGUCACCGGCAGAGCUGCUGAGUGAAAGCAGCAUGAUCCAGGCCAUUUCCCACCUCUCUGCGCUCGCCGAUCGUCUUUUCAUGAAUGCAGCCCACCUCCUACCAUUGCCUGCUCUGAUCACAUUCCUGCAGUACCUGUCGAGAGCCUCACAAGAGCAGCUGGCAACACGCUCCAAGAGUGGUAAGGAUCCCACGGCCGGUCUUCUCCUCCGGCGCUAUACACCUCUACUGCUGGCAGUGUGCGGCAAAUCACAGCGUCCUCUGGCACACCUGCUGCAGGCCUGGAAUAGUGUUUCUCAGCACCUGAUUGAGGGUGCUUGCUACAAGGAGCGUGCUGUUGCCACUAUCGCAGCAGAUUGCCUGCACCAGGUGAUGAGCGAAUGCAUCAAGAACCGCGCCGAGUUGCCAUUGUUCAGCUUCCACAAGACCCUGCUAAUGCCCAUGGAGAGCAUAGUCUGUCUGGGUAUCUGUGACCUGGACACGCAGGAUCAGAUUGUCUGUGCACUGUGUGAGCUGGUGGAGGCCUCUCGUAUCAACAUUGGCUCCGGGUGGUCGGUAGUGUUCGGUGCACUUCGCAGUGUGCGUUUUGGCACGUCUGAACCACCCGGCGGCAAAUCGGCUAAAGGCACCGGCGACGAAAUGUCAAAUCCAAACCCAGUCAUGGAUAUCAUCGAUACUGUGCUGAAGUCUGAUAACGCAGCGCUCAUCUCUGAUGCAGCCAUGGAUUGUGUGGAGUGCAUGCUGAAAUUCCUCUCAGCCGGCCAUGCGCAGAGUGACGUGCUGGCGCAGAAGGCGCUGGACGGCGUGGGAGUUUGCCAUGAGCUGUUCGUCAGCAUACACCACCUCAGCUCCUACCCGGACUUCCGAGGUGCCGCCGAGAUCCAGGAUAUAUCCUCUAAGAGCAGCUUUCUGGCGUCUGACUCCACGGGACUUCUGCGUGUGUGGUUCUUGCUGUUCCGUGGCAUGUGCGAUGCACUGCCGUACUGCCCCUCGGCCGUGCAGCCUCACCUGGUUGAUAAACUCUUCACACUGAUCGAGAGUGCCUGGACUGGCGUGCCGGGCAAAGGCUUUGCUUUGAAAGUCAUGGAGGAGCUGCUGCUGCCGUCGCUGCAUCGCUGGCUGCAGAGCGGUAUUAAUCUGAGUCUCAGGUGGAAGAAAGCCGAGGUCCAGAGCUUCAAGCACUGCUGUGGCCGACUGGUGUCGCACGUCAGUGAUCUGGUGCUGCCUGUUCUCCAGCAAGAGGGCGAUACCAUGGCGGAGAGCGAUGAAGAAUUCAUGCAGGCCGCUUCGGAGAUGAUGCAAUCAGUCUUGGACCUGAUGGUGGAUUGUGUUAUUCAGCCAGAGGAAGCACUGGCUACGAUGGGCAACGCCUCGUUACGAUUCCUGUUGCUCGGUACUGGAGGUCAACUUCCCAAGGGCCUGUGGCAGUUGGCCUGCACCUCGCUGAGCCAGGCUUUACGGCUCACUCUGCAGCCUCUGGAGCUUGUCCUAGGGCAGUUUGAGCCGUAUCGGCGUAAUCUGAGUGGGCGCAGCGAUCGUGUCAAGAUCACGUGUAAAAAGAACAUGGCAGUGUCCACUGCGUUUCGAGUGCUUCACCUAGCUAAACAAGCGUUUGUAUUGCCGUUAGAGCUCCAGGAGUUACAGCGUGCGUCUGCUGAGCUUGAUGAGUCUCAGGAGUGCAGCCGGGCAGCCUCACCGGAAAAGGCAUCAGCCACUGUCUCCAAGCCUGGUGUGGAGAACGAGGCUAGUUUGACCAUCCACGACGAGGACCUGCAUAGCACCAUAGAAGAGUGUGCAGUGUCGUCUACACGCGCAACCGAAUCCUUCUCCUUCUUCUGGUCCGUCCCUCUGCCAUCAGCGUCCCUCUUCCACCGGCCCGGGGCAAGAGAUGGUGGCGGAGACGGUGCUGAAGACAGAGGUGCUGUGAAGAAGAAGAAAGUUCGAGUGCCAUUCCGAAGCCUGACAGUCAGCUUAGUGACACAUCAGCUAGUGCUACACACACUGAGUGAUGUUCUGCUGGGCGUGGGUAGUGGUGAAAGACUGGAGCAGCGCAGCGGUGGUGAUGCUAGCAACCAGUCGAAGAGCGCGAGCAGUUCAGGCACGUUGAGCGCGAAUGCUGUUCUGAAGCAGUUCACGCCAGGGCAACUAGACUCUCUGCUGGAUGGUGUGCUGGCGUCAAGUCAGCUCGCCUGCUCCUUCAACCGCCGCCCAGGCUUCCGACUCGCCGUGGCAAAGGUCGGUGCCCUGGAGCAGCACACGCCACAUCUACUGCGGCAGCUGAGUAUAGGCCUCCGCGUUUACAUCCACUGUCUGCUGCAGCUACUGGAUUGCAACAGUCAGGCGCUGGAUGCAUGGUUUCAACAGGAUAAGGAUGACAGCAGCAAGGAAGAGGAAAGCGAGGUGGCGGAUGACGGAGCAUCUUCAAUCAUUCUUAUCGAGGACGUGAUCUCUAAACCCAGUGUGGUGAGGGACACGACAGCUGUACUUGAUUCACAGCGCAAUCACUCUGAAGAAGAGCCAGAGGCUGGCGAGAGUGUGUUUGACCGCAGCGCUGUGAUUACCAAGUCUCGCCCGCCAUUGUCGCUGGCCAAGCAACUGUGGAAAGAAAGAGAGUUUCUUCGGGUGGUCAUGAAGAAGGUGUCAGCAAGCUCUCCCGGGUUCCAAUGGGUUGCUAGCCGCAUUGCUCUCUUCUCGCAACGCCUAAUUAGUUACAUUCAGAAUCUCUCCCAUCAGCAUGAAGUGGAUGCUGUGGAGGACGAGGCAAGACUGCUCAGCGAGCGUGUCGGCGAGAAGGCGGAAAGUGGCUCCACGAACAUUCUCAUCACUGAUCUUCAGGCCGUGCCUGUCUGCAUCACGUCGCAGGAGUGGCGGACACUGGAGCUUGACCAAUGGCUGUCGCUACUCGAGGAGAUACUGAAUACAGUAUGUGGCUAUGAAGACCAGCAGUUUGAAUGCUUGGUCCCGUUCUUCUACGCACCCAUUGUAUCUUUGUGUAGCAUGGACAGUGAGCGUGUGCAUGCCCUGACAAGGCUGUUCUUCACACGGUAUGGCCGGCUUCAAGGUCUCGUUCCGCAGCCAGAAGCCAACGGUGGCCGCGAAGGUGACGACAGCACAGAGGAGUGACGUUGACAGUGCUGCGUUGUCGCAGUUACGCGAAGUGUGUGUGUGUGUGUGUGUGUGUGUGUGUGUGUGUGUGUGUGUGUGUGUGUGUGUGUGUGCACGCAUGCAUGCAAGUGUUUAUUGACUCUGACUGGUGUUCGCCCUAGGCACAAAACUGAAUUUAUUUUCAGUAGUCCACUAAUCAUUGCAUUGUGAUAAUUAUGCGAUCAGUUGAUGUGUUUUAGCCAAUUCUGGAAUGCAUUUUAACCUAUUUUCAAAGAAAAUUUCAACGUGUUCUUCCUAUUUUGGCAAACUUAUCACUAGAAAAGUACAGUAAUUUGCAUGAGCAGGCAUAUUUCGAACUUUACACUUGCCAGGUUUACAUUGACCUUCUCAUCUUUUUUCUUUCAGCACCCUUGCAGAGCUUGCCUUCUUGUUGCUGCAUUUGACUUUCUACACUUACAAUUGGCGGGCUUUCUACUGGCCUGCGCACCAAGCUGCUGCUAACUAUGAAGGGAGACAAGGCCCUAUCUUUACCUACACUGUUUUGUCAUUGUUGUCACUGCGCAGCAUUUGAAAUCGAGUGCAUUCCCCUCACCGGGCCUCAGUCAA